UCACGACAUUCGAGAUACAGCCAACGCUACGGCAGUGGAGAGAGUGAAGACAAACUACGACCAGGAAUUGGUACGUAGUCAAUGAGUUUGUGAGAACCAGAAAAUCUAUGCACACAUGAAGCCAGUAAAGAUUCAAGCAACAGCAAGGAUACCCUGCAGUUCUUGAACGUUGACGAAGAGUUAUCUCUUUGCAUAUUUUACGAAUCUCGCUUACAGACUAUGUGCAAAAUGGUCAAGUUACCUGAUGUCGUAAUGUAUACAGCGGUAAUGUACAUGAAGCGAUUUUUCCUCAACAACACGGUUAUGGACUAUCACCCUAAAGAUGUUUUAUAUACUUGCUUGUUCUUGGCCACCAAAGCUGAAAACGAGCGUCUGUCUAUAGACGAGUUUUGUCAAAAGCUGCGUGUUCCUUCAGCUGACAGUGUAUUGAACCUGGAGUUCAUAGUAUCACAAGGUCUCAAAUUUGAAUAUUGUAUAUAUCACCCCUAUCGUGCAGCAUAUGGUCUUUACUUGGAUCUACAGUCUGUCAUUACAGAAAUGAAAAGCUUAAAAUCUCUCUACAACAAGGCACAAGCAAUCAUAUCCAAACUGGUCCUAACGGACGUACCAUUCAUUUAUCAACCGUCUCAAAUUGCACUGGCGGCUUUUAUGGUGGCGGAUAGUGAACCAACUAUUGAAGAAUCUAUCAACCGUUACAUUGACCUUCGAUUCGCAGAUCAAAAGGCCAUGCUAAUAAAUAUCAAAGACGAUAUUGCCGGCGUUUUGAGCAAAUUUAAGUUGGUUACCACAGACGAAGCCAAAACGAUUGAUCGUCGACUAAGAUCUUGUGCAAAUCCAGCCAAGAAUCCCGACUCUUCAAUAUAUAAGAAGCGGCAAGCGGAAAGAGAGAAAGCAGAUGAAGAAAAGCGGAUCAAGAAAUUGAAGGAACGGGAAUUAAGUAGAGAGAGUCUAAAUGAUGUUGUAGUUGCAGUGGAUAAUGAAAGCGACGAUUGAUUGUAAAGCGAGAUGGUUUUGUCCCGCUGAUGACUUGAGCAAAUGUACUAGAUUUGUUGCCAUUCAUUCACUUUAGUGAGCCGAAUAGAUGAUAAU